CGGAACAGCGGCAGAGCGCGCGGCUGCAGCGGCCGGAGCGAUGCGGAGAGCGGCGUCAGAGCGCGGCGGCCCCGCGGACUCACGGACAUGUGACUGGCUCUGAGCCCAGUGCAUCAUGGGAGAUGCAGUCCAGACUGAGGGCCACGCCCUCUUGAAGGCGGUGUCGCAGGGGAAGCUGCGAUUGGCCCGUCUGCUGCUGGAGGGCGGGGCCUACAUUAAUGAGGGAAACGAGCGUGGUGAGACGGCACUGAGCGCGGCGUGCAUGUUUGGGGAUGCUCAUGUGCGUACUCGUAUGGUGCGAUACCUCCUGGAGCAGGGCGCUGACCCCAACAUGGCUGACUCCAGUGGGCGCACCGCGCUUAUGCACGCCGUGCACCAGCGUGCAGGCGUUCACGUGGUGUCACUGUUACUAAAGCAUGGAGCUGACCCCAGUCUCAAGGACUACGCCGGCAACAGCGCCCUCACACGAGCCCUCGAUCAGGGAGGGGCUACCCUGCGCCUCCUACUGGAUGCGUGUGAGCGGCGCGGACACGAAGUUUUGAUCCUGACCUGCUGCAGCGAUGGAGGACAACGCACCGUGAGACAGUAUCAUCAUACGGCUCCAGAGAGACACCACAUCAGACAGGCUGCAAGAGCCACAGAGAGGAACUACGAGAGGAAUCACGAGGGGAACCACGAGAGGAACCUUGAGAGACACCACAUAAGACACUUCUCCACAGCUCUGGAGAAGAACGAGAAGAACCCUCAGGAAAGGAACCAAGAGAGGUCUCACUUCAGACAGAUAGUGAUGCUCCCAGAGCCUCAGAGAGACUCGGACUUGGCUCAGAGCCUCAGUGUGAACGGCCUCCCCUCUGACCUCGCUCCCUCUGACCCCACCCCUCCUAACCCCGCCACCUUGUUAGGGCCUACUCCUGAGCCCCUGUCCGCAGCCUCCCCCUCAGACGUGCAUGUGGCAAGCGCGCAUGGAGACGGCGUGUUCAGCUUUAGCGUGGCUCCGCCCAGGCCCCGCCCGCCCAGAGUCCGAGUUCUGAAGAGGCUGAAUUCUGAGCCGUGGGGAUUGAGCGUGCCCAGAGCGCCGGCUCCACCCCCCACACAGGACGAGGUGGAGCUUCAGAAGCCGCCCUCAUUGGCUGAUUGUCCCCUGAGGAGACACAGCAUUGAGGCGCACGACCCCGGCCUUGGCGAGCAGCUAACGGAGCGCCUAACGCUAGCUGACGAAACAACCCUGGAGCUAGAGACACAGGACUCAGACAAUGGGGGCCCUGAGGACGACACAGCUCAGUCUUUCAGGCGCCGUUUCCUUCCGCCUCCAUGCGUAGGUUCGUCUGAGAAUCUGUCCAACACUACGUCGCCUUUAGUGGCGCGUCGCGGGCGUCAGGGGGCAGGACUUCUGGAGCGGCGCGGCUCCGGGACGCUGCUAUUGGACCACCUCUCCCAGCCCCGCCCCGGCUUCCUCCCACCGCUCUUCAACCCUCAGCGGCCAAUCCCAGACAUCCGCUCCACUAACCCCGCCCCCUGCGGCUCCAGCCCCGCCCCCGGGUCUGCCUCCAAACGAGAACUGAGGAAAAAACUUCUGCGACGCCACUCAAUGCAACCAGAGCAAAUGAAGCUGCUGUCGGUGUUUCAGCAUGUGCUCAGUGAGAAUGAGGAGAAGUGA